AUCUCACCAAAACGAAAGAGACCCCCGAAAUCGCCAGCGAAGUCGAAGAAAGUUUUCAAAUCCGAGAACGAAAAGACCCAGACGAGUAAGAGGAGCAAGGAGCCAACCGCGGAGAAAUCCAAGAAGACGUCCGCGGGCAACAAGGACACUAAGGAACGCAGGUCAUCCAGCGGGAAGCGCGACUCGGACGACGAGGAGCUAAAGACCACCAAGUCGUGGAACAAGGUCGAGGAAGGCGUCGGGGUUGCGAUCGGUCGCCGGAAACGCACCGCUGCCCUUCAGCUAUACUAUUGGUCCAGUUCGAGCGACGAGGAGGAGGCGCCGGAGCCGACCCCGGCGCCCGAGGAGGAGGAGGACGAUCGGCAGGAGCAGCACGGAUGGAUAGUGGGCGACUCCCACAAGCGGAUGAUAACGAUGCUGGCGAUGGAGAAGCAGCUGAAGGAGAAGCGACGUAGGAGCGAGGACGAAUUCGAGCCCGGCAAGGCGAAGAGCAAGAAGCAUCGGAACAGCACCUCUUGAUACGUGUUUCACGAUUAAACCCGAUCAAAUCCGCGCGACGGGCGCGAUAGACUACGUCAUCCUCUCUAUUAUAGAAUAAAUAUGUAAAACUGUGAAGACGAGAAAGUGGAGACCAUCUCUACGUUUCUCUUUAAUGAGAAUUUACGUUCUGUAUCUUCCAUGAUUAUUCGUGGUGGAUCUGUUUGGGUAAAUAGAAGCAGUGUGUGGUGGAGACAAGUGCGAUCUAUGAAAAAGUAUUUGUUGUGUUCGAUCUUUGUUUCUUCGUUUUUUCAUGUUUCUUAGCGAGUGUGUUGAGCGAGUGGAAGUGAUUCAGGCGUGAAGGAGGAAAAAAAAAGAAGAUAUAAAAUGUACAUAGUUGCUUGGCGUUAGAGAUUAGAGAUUAGAAGAGUUAUCCUCCCCCGUUUCGAUUCUAAGAAAAAUAUGCAUGUAUAAAUAAAAAAAAUUCGAGCUCUUAUAAAUACCGGAAGAUAUAGACUGAACGUGAGAAGUAGCGGAAAGUGAGAAAGCACUCUUAGACAAUACUAGGACAUUUGUAACGUUUAGUUGUACGUAGGGGAGUCUCCCGCGAGAGAGAAAACGGGUGAGGUGAAGAAACGGGGGGAAACCAGUCACAGUCGCUUAUUUAGGAAAAGGACAACGUAAAAUCGGGUCCAAUCGAGUUUAGCCACAGCUUCUACCAGCUUUUUUCGUGAUUCGUAAAACGUAUUUCUUCGUAUUCUUGCAUAUUCUUACAUGUUCGUACGUAUUCUUACAUAUCGCAAUGAAUGAAGUAAAAAGAGAAAGAAUUUCUCGGAUAAAAUGUUGUCUCGAGACAAAAGUACCAUGUUCGGGGGGCUUAAGCGCUCGCUACGAACGAGCGGAAUCUUUCUUGACCUUUUUCACGUUAUUUUUACGAAUUUUUCUAGAUCUCAAGCUUGCGUGCGCGGCCGGCCGUGAAGCCACGUGGACACGCGGUCCACGGAGAUACGGAUAUGCUUUAUUAAUGCAUAAAACGCGAAUAUUAGUUUCUUUUCCUUUCAUACUCGCCUCGUGCACAUAGGACAUAAGUAUGUAGAUUUUCAUAUAUUAUGAAAAAAAAUGUUGUAUAUGUUAUAAGCAAGUGACAGAAAAAAAAACAAACGGUUAUAGACU